AUGGCAGUCAUCAGGAGUUGGCACCAGCAUGCUCGCUGCGCUCAGGAGUUUGUCCUUGCGACGGAUCCUUCGAGCCCCGUCGUCUUUCCCCCCCUCCUCCUACGGCAUCUGUUUGAGGGCCUUGGGGAGGAGCAGAAGGCGAAGUUGUUGGAGCAAGCAGCAGAGCUGGAUGGUCAGCUGCCUGGAGGGCUGGAGGGAUACGUCACCAACGCCCGCAAGCUCCUCAAGGACUCGAAGGAGGGAGUGAACCCCUACGAGGGGUUUGCCCCCUCGGUGCCGCAGGGAGAGCACUUGAAGGUGGGCUCGGAAGACUUCGAGAGGAUGGAGAAGUUGGGCAGGGAGGCUCUGUCUCAGACAGGCUUCGUGCUCGUUGCUGGAGGCCUUGGGGAGAGGCUGGGAUACAAGGGCAUCAAGGUUUCGCUCCCCCUGUACGAUGCGCUGGAGUCGGAGUGCUUCUUGAAGUUGUACAUCUCCCACAUCCUCUACAUCCAGGAGAAGUUCGGGAAGGGGAAGAAGAUCCCCCUCGCCAUCAUGACAAGUGAUGACACUCAUGCCAUGACCGAGAAGCUCCUCCAGGACAACAACUACUUCGGCAUGGACAGCUCUCAGCUGACCAUCAUGAAGCAGAACAAGGUGCCUGCGAUCAAGGACAGCGACGGCCAUUUCGCCAUCAAGGAUGGAAAGAUCGAGACAAAGCCGCACGGACACGGGGAUGUCCACACGCUGAUGCAUCAGACUGGAGUCGCCAAGUCGUGGAAGGACAGCGGAGUCAAGUACGUUGUGUUCUUCCAGGACACCAAUGGCAUCAUCUUCCGCUCUCUCCCUGCUGUUCUCGGAGUUUCUGUGUCGAACAAGUUUGCCGUCAACUCUGUCUGUGUCCCUCGUACGCCUGGAGAAGCUGUCGGCGGGAUCUGCCGCCUGGAGCAUAAGGACGGCAGGGCCUUCACUGUCAAUGUGGAGUAUAACCAGCUCGACCCCCUGCUCCGAUCCACCGAGCAGUUUUCCAACGGGGAUGUCGCGGAUGCCAAGACAGGGUUCUCACCCUUCCCCGGCAACAUCAACGUCCUCGUCAUCGACAUGGACAGCUAUCACUCCACCCUAUCCUCCUCGGGGGGGCGGGUGAACGAGUUUGUGAACCCCAAGUACGCAGACGCGUCGAAGCAAGCCUUCAAGAGCCCCACGAGGCUGGAGUGCAUGAUGCAAGACUUCCCCCUCCUGCUCAGCACUGAAUCCAAGGUUGGCUUCACCACCCUAGACCGAUGGAUCUGCUUCUCUCCGGUCAAGAACAACAUCCAGGAUGCCGCGGCCAAGUCAGAGAAGGGCCUCCCUCCAGAGAGUGCCGGCACGGCCGAGCGCGAUGCCAUGGCGCUCAACACCAGGAUGCUGCAGAUGGCGGGAGCCAAGAUCCCUGAGGUUGGACAGGCCGGAACAUAUGCAGGAAUCAAACUCGACUUCAGUCCGAUGGUGGUCCUCCUGCCUUCCUUCGGCACCUCCUUGUCCGACAUCAAGGACAGGAUCAGCCCGGGCGCGAGCAUUGAGAUUACUAGCCGCAGCGCUCUUGUGGUCGAAGGAGAGGUCUUCUUCGAAGGGAAGCUCAAGCUCGACGGGGCCCUCGAGCUCCGCGCCCAGCCCGGGUCAUCCAUCAUCGUCAAGAACCUCGAGGUCACCAACUCGGGCUGGGAGAUCGUGGAAGUGAAGCAGGACGAUCCUUCCGCAACCGUCACGCAAGCCAUGAGGGGUUACAAGGUGGUGAAACAUGAGACCCGCAGUAUCGUUGCGGACUCGGAAAAGAAAGUAGUCGACGAAGCAUGAGAAUGGGAUCGCGUG